CAAUCCGUCAUCUUAAUUCGAAAAGAAGAAGAAGAAGGUGGGCGGGUUGAUUUGGCCACAUCUCGUGUAUUUGUUUGGAACGUUGUCUUGUUUUUGUGAUCCGCCUUUUUGGCAACUCUUUGGUCCGGAUUAACUCUUAGCAUCUAGCUAGCAGGCCGUUGUCAGCCGUGAGCAGAAGCAAAACAGCAGCAGCAGCAGCAGCAGCCUCUUCAUCAAUGGUGUGUCCACAUCCAACAGGCGUCACAUUGUCCUGUGUGUGCUCAAUGAACGGUCUCCUCAGCGCACAUCACAGCUGCUCAUGUAUGGCAGUGGCAAGGCGUGAAAGAGAGUUCUGCCAAGCCCAACACCUGCUGCUCAUUGUGGACAAGUGAAGCACCACAAAGACGAAAGCAAACGUUGCCAUUCACGCACGCACGCACGCAUACACUCACAGAUCUUCCCUGUUGUUGUGUCAAAGCACAUGAAAUUCCGGCGGAACAGCAGAGGCUUUGUUUAUUUGUCGGCUCCACCUUCCCUCUCAUCGGCCGCUUGAUUUGACUUACUUCUGUGGAUGGAUUGACCUUUGAAGGCUGGCUUGAUCUGUUUUCAUUUGCUCCCAAGUUUCCCAUCUCGCUUAUUCGAAGAUUCUCACUCCCCUUCAACCUGCGUUCAACAAACCCAUUCCCUACUAAGUGGAACACUUCUGUGGGUGUCAAAAUGAAUCGACUUGCCCCGGUGGAGAUCUCUUAUGACAAUUUAAGGUUCCUCAUCACGCACAACCCCACCAAUGCACAGCUCGGGAGGUUCAUAGAAGAUCUAAAGGCAUAUGGCGCCAACACCCUGGUAAGAGUGUGCGCUGCGACCUACGACAAGGCACCGGUGGAACAGGAAGGCAUUCGGGUCCUGGAUAUGCCAUUUGAAGAUGGCUCUUCCCCACCCGAUCAAGUGGUUGACGAUUGGCUGAGUCUUUUGCAGAGCAAAUUUCGAGAUGAGCCCGGCUGCUGCGUGGCUGUACAUUGCGUGGCUGGACUGGGAAGAGCUCCAGUGCUGGUAGCCAUUGCUCUGAUUGAGUGCGGGAUGGCGUACGAAGAUGCCGUUCACUUCAUAAGACUGAAGCGUCGUGGAGCUUUCAACUCCAAGCAGCUGCUUUUCCUGGAAAACUACAAACCAAAGCUGCGCUUGCGCUCCAAAGAUGCUAACGGACAGACCUGCACAAUACAGUAGGAAGCAACAAGCAAUCGUCAGCGCGGGGAGCAACAAGCAAUCGUCAGCGUGCUUUUAGAUGAUGUUAUUUCUUCAAUAAGUUGAAGAUGUCUGUGAAACACUUCAUUAAGAGUAUCCUCGGAGCUAUUCCGCUUUCUAGAAGACUUCUCAUCUUUGUCGACCAUUUCCGAUGCAAAGCGCAAGUAGGACGUCUUCCCUGUGGACACCUUUCCAGCCUUUUCUGCAAGGCCUUCAUGCACUUCUUCCGAGAGGGGGAGAGAGGGUCAAUUCAAUAGGGAGCAGCAGAAAAAUGUUUUUCUCUUCUAGUCAUGUUAUGGUGAAAGUAGCAACAAACUGCUUGCUUUUCACGGCCCAUGUUGGACUCUUCCACUGUGGUAGCAUUUGGCUUCUAGGUUCUAUUCCGAGAUCUUUCUCGCCCACUCUUUGGUCUGAUUGUCAAUUACUCUGGAAGUGCAGAGGGGAUUUUAAAGAGUUCAAAAUAACUUGCAACUUAAAUAUAGUAUAGCUAUGAAAUCAAAUAAAGCUUGCCAUCGUCUUUGGUUAGUGUGCAGCAAAGAUUUAUGGCGCUGUAAGUCAACGACCCCCCCCCAGCUGUAUUUCCACUUCCCAUUUAACACUUUUUUAGGUCAAAUAGGAUGAGUUGACCUCUACUGGUGUCCAGAUAAUGUUUAGAAAUGAUUUUCCAUUUUCAAAUGUAGGUCAGCAAUUGUUGCUCUAUAAUACAAAUCAAUUGUACCAACUAUUUGUCCCAUGUUACUAUUUGUGCGUAGAAGAAUAGAAGAGCCUUGUGUUGCAAUGAUUUGCCAGUGGCUACAGUUCCCUUCCAAAUAUUUGAUGUGUGGCGUCUACAUAUUCUCUAUACACGGAUAUAUGUGCUGAAGUUUCCCUCUUAAUUAAAUAAAAACGCUGAAGAAAAA